CCUUUGGGGGUGGGUUGGCGUCCCGUGAACGCACUAGGGCGGCUUCGGAGGUUGGUGAGGCUCGGCAAACUAGGAUUAGUGGCAGUCUUGAGAAACCUCCCAACCCCGACGACAAAGCUCUCCUUCCGUCCAUCCACAAUCCUUUCUCCUCUUCCACCUUCUCCCCAAUUACAUCUCUCUUUCAGAGAAACCACUCUCCCACUCCUCUGAACCCCCAUCACAAUGUUCAGAAACGCUUUGCGGCAGUCUAGCCGCACCGUUGCGGCCGCCUCUGCUACUGGCAGGAUCGCUUCGGUGCGCGCGGCUGCUCCCGGUCCCAUCGCUGGUGCCUCGAAGCAGGUUCGUUCGUACGCUUCUGAGGCCAAGGCCUCGCCCACCGAGGUUUCUUCCAUCCUUGAGCAGAGAAUCCGCGGUGUUCAGGAAGAGGCUGGUCUCGCUGAGACUGGACGUGUCCUUUCCGUUGGUGACGGUAUCGCCCGUGUCCACGGUAUGACCAAUGUCCAGGCUGAGGAGCUGGUCGAGUUCGCCUCUGGUGUUCGUGGUAUGUGCAUGAACUUGGAAGCCGGCCAGGUCGGUGUUGUCUUGUUCGGUUCCGACCGUCUCGUCAAGGAGGGUGAGACCGUCAAGCGUACCGGAGAGAUUGUCGAUGUUCCCGUUGGCCCCGAGCUGCUCGGCCGUGUCGUCGACGCUCUCGGUAACCCCAUCGACGGCAAGGGUCCCAUCCAGGCCAAAGCCAAGAGCCGUGCUCAGCUCAAGGCCCCUGGUAUCUUGCCCCGUCAGUCCGUCAACCAGCCCGUCCAGACUGGUCUUAAGUGUGUCGACUCCAUGGUGCCCAUUGGCCGUGGUCAGCGUGAGUUGAUCAUUGGUGACCGUCAGACCGGUAAGACUGCCGUCGGUCUUGACGCCAUCCUUAACCAGAAGAGAUGGAACAACACCUCCGACGAGAGCAAGAAGCUCUACUGUAUCUACGUUGCCGUCGGCCAGAAGCGUUCCACCGUCGCUCAGUUCGUCAAGACCCUUGAGGAGAACGACGCCAUGAAGUACUCCAUCGUCAUUGCCGCUACUGCUUCCGAGGCUGCUCCCCUGCAGUACAUUGCUCCUUUCACCGGUUGCGCUAUGGGUGAGUGGUUCCGUGACAACGGCCGCCACGCCGUCAUCAUCUACGAUGACCUUUCCAAGCAGGCCGUCGCCUAUCGUCAGAUGUCUUUGCUGCUCCGUCGUCCCCCUGGUCGUGAGGCCUACCCCGGUGACGUUUUCUACCUCCACUCCCGUCUGUUGGAGCGUUCUGCCAAGAUGAACGACAAGCACGGUGGUGGCUCUCUCACUGCUCUGCCCGUCAUUGAGACCCAGGGUGGUGAUGUGUCCGCCUACAUUCCCACCAACGUCAUUUCCAUCACUGACGGUCAGAUUUUCUUGGAAUCCGAGCUCUUCUACAAGGGUAUCCGUCCCGCCAUUAACGUCGGUCUGUCCGUCUCCCGUGUCGGAUCUGCUGCCCAGGUCAAGGCCAUGAAGCAGGUUGCUGGUUCCCUGAAGCUUUUCUUGGCUCAGUACCGUGAGGUCGCCGCUUUCGCUCAGUUCGGUUCCGAUCUCGAUGCUUCCACCAAGCAGACCCUCGCCCGUGGUGAGCGUCUCACCGAGCUGCUCAAGCAGAAGCAGUACUCCCCCAUGUCCGUUGCCGACAUGGUUCCCUUGAUCUUCGCUGGUGUCAACGGUUUCCUCGACGCCAUUCCAGUCGCCAAGAUCCUCCAGUGGGAGUCUGACAUCCUUGCCCACCUCAAGAGCAACCACCCUGAGAUCCAGGAGACCAUCGAGAAGGAGGGCCAGGUCAGCAAGGACCUUGAGGCUCAGCUCAAGGAAGUUAUCGGUAACUUCAACAAGUCCUUCAGCGCAUAGACAAGACAGUUUGUACAAUUUGAGACCACUAUUUCCUUUUUCUUCUAUAUCGGUGCCUCGGGUUGGUCAGAAUCUUCCGUCGGAAAGUGUACGAUCCAGACCUUAGGUCAAGCGUUGU